AUGGCUGAUCAUGACAGAGGUAACAAGCUCGAAGCUGGGGAGGCUGCAAAAUCAUCGCGGUUAAUGCACUCCCAAAGCAUUGCAAAGAGUCGGCAUCAUCGAAACUGUUUGAAGCAAAUAUGGACGCAAAGAAACCGAGGACAUCAGUUACACUGUCAUAAGCUGUAUUUGCUGUACCAUAAGUUGUUCCGGCUUUGGAAGACGGAAACGGUUAAGCCUCACGACUUGGUUUUACCCGAAUAUGAAGACGUUGAUCUAGAUCUUGACCUUGACGUGUAUCAACGGUUCAAUGAUAGGUUGCGUGGACAUCUCAAUGAUCCAGAGUUAUGUUUCAAUAGUGCAAUCUCUCACAAUAUUGUGCAAGAGCCUUUUGAUGUGCCGUUGUACUGCGCAGUGAAUAGUUUAAGCCAUGAAGAGCUUGCCAAGUUGGAUGAAAAGUUCUCCAUGAACACUGACGAUAUGCAGUAUCGGUUGGAUUCAAUAGACACUAUCCCAAGUUCUGACUUGUUCCAGUUUGACCGAUUGAUAAGCCUCCGAACGAGCGAUGAGAUGACCUCCAACAAGCAACUUGAAACGAAAUUUGAUACGCUGUUCAACAACCAAGUUGAAGUUUCCACAGGCACGCCAAGUUCCUCCUCGAAAUCGUUUGUCACCAGAAGUUUACCCUUAGUAAUGGAGACAGCUUCAGAUCAAAGUGUGUGUACUUCCAAUGGGUUGGUGAGGUUCGAUCGAUAUGCACACCUAAUAAUGUACAAUACCAAGGGAAAUGAAGAAAACGUUGAUACAGCAUCUCUACCUAUACACGCCCGACUGAGGAUGGAACUGUUCAAACAAUUUGGCACGUUGAAAUUACAGGAUAAUGUUGAGCUGGGAUCUAUCAGCCAGUGCAUGGACUGUCCUACAUCACUGAUCUCGAUUCUGAUACCCGUACCAUUACCGUUAACAAGAUUGCCUAUAUUAAAGCACAAGCUCAACGAUAAUAGAGCUUUGGAGAGCCAAUUGGCCAAAUGUGACGAUACUGUAGGGGUUGAUCAGUUCAUAGAAUCCCUAAACCAAUCUGAAAUAUACAGAAUGGGUAACAUAAGCAGUAUAGCACUCUGGCGGAAGAGGCAAAUAGAGUCUUACAAUAGGUUUAUGAACGAGGAGGAUUGA